GGAAGAGGAAGGGGCCGGGCGGCGGCUGCUGUAGGUCUUCUGGCAGUGGUGGCGGCGGCGUCUCUCUUCCGGGAGGACGAUGGACAGCCAGGGCAGGAAGGUGGUGGUGUGCGACAACGGCACCGGGUUUGUGAAGUGUGGAUAUGCAGGCUCUAAUUUUCCAGAACACAUCUUCCCAGCUUUGGUUGGAAGACCUAUUAUCAGAUCAACCACCAAAGUGGGAAACAUUGAAAUCAAGGAUCUUAUGGUUGGUGAUGAAGCAAGUGAACUACGUUCAAUGUUAGAAGUGAACUAUCCUAUGGAAAAUGGCAUAGUGCGAAAUUGGGAUGACAUGAAACACCUGUGGGACUAUACAUUUGGACCAGAGAAACUUAACAUAGAUACCAGAAAUUGUAAAAUCUUACUCACAGAACCUCCCAUGAACCCAACCAAAAACAGAGAGAAAAUUGUGGAGGUAAUGUUUGAAACUUACCAAUUUUCUGGUGUUUAUGUAGCGAUCCAGGCAGUUCUGACUUUGUAUGCUCAAGGUUUAUUGACUGGAGUAGUGGUGGACUCUGGAGAUGGUGUAACCCAUAUUUGCCCGGUAUAUGAAGGCUUUUCUCUCCCUCAUCUUACCAGGAGACUGGAUAUUGCUGGGAGGGAUAUUACCAGGUACCUUAUCAAGCUGCUUCUGUUGCGAGGAUACGCCUUCAACCACUCUGCUGAUUUUGAAACUGUUCGCAUGAUUAAAGAAAAACUGUGUUAUGUGGGGUAUAAUAUUGAGCAAGAGCAGAAACUGGCCUUAGAAACCACAGUAUUAGUUGAGUCUUACACGCUCCCAGAUGGCCGCAUUAUCAAAGUUGGGGGAGAAAGAUUUGAAGCACCAGAAGCUUUAUUUCAGCCUCACUUGAUCAAUGUUGAGGGAGUGGGUGUUGCUGAAUUGCUUUUUAAUACAAUCCAGGCAGCUGACAUUGACACCAGAUCUGAAUUCUAUAAACACAUUGUGCUUUCUGGAGGGUCUACUAUGUACCCUGGGUUGCCAUCACGGUUGGAACGAGAACUUAAACAGCUUUACUUAGAACGAGUUUUAAAGGGAGAUGUGGAAAAACUUUCUAAAUUUAAGAUCCGCAUUGAAGAUCCACCGCGCAGAAAGCACAUGGUGUUCCUGGGAGGUGCAGUUCUAGCAGAUAUCAUGAAAGACAAAGACAACUUCUGGAUGACCCGACAGGAAUACCAAGAAAAGGGUGUUCGUGUGCUGGAGAAACUUGGUGUGACUGUUCGAUAAACUCCAAAGCUUGUUCCCAUUCCACCCCUAAUGCUUUCUUUUUUUCCUUUAUUGCCCAUCUUUGAACUCAUUCAACUCCCUAACAUGGAAAAGGCCUCUCUGUGCUCUUUGACUGGAAAGGUCAGGUUUUAUUCUGGUGUCUUGGGGAAGCUUUGUUAAAUUUUUGUUAAUGUGGGUAAAUCUGACCGUUUAAUUCAGCACUUCCCUACAAACACAAUGAGAGGGCGAAGGGUCACGUCUGCUGCUUUGUUUCUUCUAAGUAGGUGUUCAGCUCGUUCCUGUAGGCUUCCUAUUUUCACUUUACUGCUCUAAUGCUGCUUGUUUUAGUUUUUAGCACCCUAGGUGGUAUGCCUCUAUUAGCAUAAGAAAAACUUUAAUAGGAGCUUUUACAUAUUACUAGAGUUGGGGGUGGUAAGGGGUGGGUGGGCAGCGGCUAAACCCUACAUGACAUUUCCUCUGUAGCGUGGUGCUUUCUACAGUUACUGCACAGCUUUAAGUACCUUAAAGCUUCUGGGAUUAACGUUUUAGGAAAAGGUUAGGCUCAGAACUAAGUGUUUUAGGUGGAGUUUUGUGUCGGGAGGAGGGGUGGUCUUUUGAUUUUUUUUAUUUUUGAGCUUUUCUGCUCUGGGGUACGUAAGAUGAACUUUAUUUACAGUACUUUGAUUUGGCAAGUUUUCUUCUACUUUUUGUCUGUCUGAAACUGUUCCCAUAUGAUAUGAAAGCAAGUAUAGUACCCAUUACCAUGUGUCUUAGGGAUUCAUUUAUUCUUAAAAAUCAACCAUGUUAGCUGGGAUUAGACUCCCUAGAAUCUGUCAGCUGAAAAGUUAACAUUUAAAAAAUGCUUUUGGAAAUGCAAAUUACAGAUAAAAAAGUGCUUAGGAGCUGGUGUUUUCUAAGUGCUUUUGUUUAUACCAGAAACAUUAAGGUAACCCAGUGCCAAGUACCAUUCUUGCAAAUUAUUAUUUUAUAUAACUGACCAGUGCUUAUUUAAUAUAAACAAGUAGAUAAAAAUAAAUAAUUACUGGCAGUGGGUUAUAAUUGUUGGGCUAAAAAUAACAUUGGACUAUGGGACUUGUUGCCAGUUGGGUAAUUUUCAUUAGUAUUUUUGUUUGUUUUGAUUUGAAGCCUGGAAGUGGAGUAAAAUUUGACUAUUUAAAAUGUUGGCAGAAAAACAGUCAAGAUUUAAAUUUUAUUUGUACUGAAGAACUAACUAAUAACUACUAAAUCUCAGCCAUCUUAUUCUUGAGAGAAGUGUUUUUGGUAUUUUGUAAAUGUUAGCAGACUUGCCUGUGUCCAAAAAUCAUAUUUAUGAAUCCUCUUGUUAUUUUUUGGUAUCUGAAAAAUACC